CCGGGGCCAUGAUCCAGCCGCGCUGCGCGCCCACCCCCAGCAGCCGCGCCGCCGCCCGCUCGCCCUAGAGCCGCUCCCGGCGCCGCGCAGCCUUCCCCGCCGGCAGGCAUGGGGAACCAGGUGGAGAAGCUGACCCAUCUGAACUACAAGGAAGUUCCCACGGCUGACCCGACAGGUAUGGACAGAGAUGAAGGUCCCAGGAUCGGGGUCUCCUACAUCUUUUCGAAUGAUGAUGAUGAGUUGGAGCAGCAGCAGGAUUCGGUGCAUGACCUGGGGGGUGAGCACCCUGUCCUGCAGCCCUACGAUCCCCAGCUGCAUGAGGUGGAGUGCUCGGUCUAUUACCGGGACGAGUGUAUAUACCAGAAGAGCUUUUCUGAGGAGGACAUGCUGCCGGAGGAGGGUGAUGAAGGCGGUGGGGGGCAUCUGAGCACUUACACCCCAGAGAACCUGCUGAAUAGGUGCAAACCGGGUGACCUGGUGGAGUUUGUGUGCCAGGCCCAGUAUCCGCACUGGGUGGUCUACGUCGGGGAUUUUCAAGUUGUGCACCUGCAUAGGCUGGAGGUGGUGAACAGCUUCCUCACCGAUGCCAGCCAGGGCAGACGGGGCCGCAUUGCCAACCAGCUGUACCGCUACAAACCCCUCAGCCCGGCUGUGGUGGUGCGCAACGCCCUGGAGCAGGUGGGUUGCAAGGACCGGGACUUGAGCUGGAGAAACUCUGAGUGUUUCGCUGCCUGGUGCCGGUACGGCAAGCGGGAGUUUAAAAUCGGCGGGGAGUUGCGCAUAGGCAAGCAGCCCUACCGAUUGCAGAUCCGGCUGGGUGACAAGCGCAGCCACACGCUGGAGUUUCAGAGCCUGGAGGAUCUGAUUAUGGAGAAGAGGAGAAAUGACCAGAUUGGUAGGGCUGCUGUGAUCCAGGAACUCUCCAGCCACCUGCAGGCUGCAGAGGAGGAGGAAGAGGAGGAGGAAGACCAUCGUCAUCCAGGUGCUCGGACUGCUGUGGAAUAGCAGCCUCAGCACCACCAUGCUGCUUAGCCUGGGUGAUGGGGAUUAAAACUGAAGGCUGCGAAAUUGAGCUGUUAUAAGCCCUUUGGGCCGCUUCGGUGCAGCUUCAUUCCAAUCACAUGUGAAAGGAAGGGGGAAAGCUGAUUAAGUGUCUGUGCUUUAGUGCUUAACUCCUUCAGUGCUUGAUGAUAAAACCACUGACUUAUUUGUAGAGGAUAAAACUCAGGGCAAUUCUACCCCUCUCCACUCCCACCUCUUUCCCUUCCUCUCUGCCCUCUUCGUGCAUAGCGUUUUCCUCAACCAUCUGCCAGUAGGCCUGACCCUACAAGAUGCUAAAUGCCUUUGACAUCUACUUAUCAGCAGAAGUUAAGAGUAUUUAAUGCUAUUAAGAAGGAGCCAACAACUUUCAGGACGUGGCCAUGUAGCUCUGAGCGCAUGAUUAGUUUGGUAGCUGAGAAGCAUGAGGAUAUUGUUUUCCUUUCUCUUCCCCUGUUUCUCUUCAGUUGUGGCUCCUGUUGGUAUUGCAACAAGCUGCUAGCUUGCCUGGAGCAAGGCUUCAUGGAUUGGUAGCCAGCUCCCCAGAAGCUGUAAGGGAGAAACCUCCACUAAUUUUAAUGAAAUGGGUUUGAUGUGCCUGGUGCCUUCUUAAUUGAUAGGAACUUACAGAUGGGCUGGCGGAGCUCCUCCUUUGCUAUCAGUGUGUGGCUUUGAGGAUGGAAGAUGUAUUUAUUGCUGACCAGUCCCAGAGGAGGAGGAAGUUUGCAACCCUGAUUAAGGAGUCUGCACAUUGGUGUGUGCUGGGACUCUUACAGGCAGAUACUGAGCUAUGCCAGUGCUUGUUACAGGCUGCCUGGCUUCCCCUAAAGCAAAUGGCAGAGCUCCCGAUUACAUCUGUGGUACACAUCAAGGCAGUAGAAGCAGGUUGUUCAUGUGCAAGAGUACGUCUUGAGUAAGCUGUCCCUCGAGAGGGUGGCUUCUUGGCUGGGUGCUCCUGGCUGUGAGCGUGUCACAUGUUCUGCACCACAGUAAACACGGCUGUGAAGGGAAGUGAUGGGAGGGAGCAGACUGGAAGGCAUCGCAGGCAGGGGGGUUUGGGUGUUCCUUUUUUCCUUCCUUACUGCAAAGCAAUUUCCUCUUCAUUAGGGAUUUCAUGUUUCCUUUUUUUUGCUAAUUUUUAUAGUAUACAGCUGAGCUAUAGCAUUAGAGAAAAGGCGAGGACAUGCCUCCAAAGUUGUUGUGCAAGUCCCUCAUUAAACAGGAGAGGAGGGGGAGUGCAGUGCUGCCUGCCUUGAAUAUUCCCUGAACUUGUUUUCAACUGUUGAACUGGUCUCCCACACGGGCAGCACUGUCAGAUCUUUGUCCCGGGAUCUGAAGUGUGUGAGCAAACACUGAUUUGGAGGCAGUUUCUAAUGCAAAAUUCCUUCCCCUUAAAGCACAAUAGUGAUGAGGUGAACUUCAAGAUAAGCUUGAGUUCAUUUAAAUAAUGGAAACUAACAGUGUGAUGUAAACUUGAAGCAUAGUUAAUACAGUCUUCCCUGCAGUUGUUUACAGUUAUACCACGAAUAGCAAAGUACUCUGCGUCCUUUCCACCCCUGAGAUGGGAGCAAAGUUUGUCAUUUAAGAAUAGGUAGAUACCAGCUUUUGAUUAGUUAAGGCUAUAUAAAGCACCUUUGCCCAUGUGAUCCAAAUAGAUAGUGGUGUGUUUUCUGCCUAAAAUAUACAAGCUAGGAAAAAGCUGUGAAAGACUACUUCAUCCUCACUUCAGGAGGAAAAAUAAUUUUUAAAGUUAUGCAAAUACACCAUAUACUGUUUCCUUAAUGACUCCCAUGCUCUCAUUUUGGGCUGUGAAAUACCCAAAUCCAAAGGAGAGUUUAACACCACCACCAAGCUCCCUUAGAAUGCUAUAGCUCAGGUGUCUGCACUAAGUGGGUUUUUUUCUCCAAUAUGCAAUUGAGUUGUACUCAAGUUACUGUGGUUGUCAAGCAGAGGUGCAACCUUGCUUUGAGAGCAUAACUACCCAUAUCUAACUGUUAUAGGGUUAAUAUGUGGAUGUCUGCACACAGGUUUUAUACAACUACUAGUAACUACUAAAAGCUGAAAUGAUCACUGAAAUAGUCCGAAAAAGAGUGAAGGAGAGUCUCUCAGUUGUACUGACUGAUACAAGACAAUUGAGAUUAUCUAGACCAUGAGUAAAUGUCUGGCUGUGGUUUCUUUCGUACUGAAACCUUGUACAUAACAAAGUUUAUUUCACUGUGUAACAUAGGUCUGUAAAAUAAUAUUUUCUUACAGAUAUUUUUGAAAGUUAAAAAAAAAUCCCUUCAUAACCUUGCAUUUGAAAGUAAGUUGUUAUGCACAUUAUUUUCCAGUCCUCUGAAUGGGUUUAUUUUUCAUUAGCGAUCUAAAGUAUAUUCUAGGUCAUAAAGUAUAGAAACUGCUAUAAAUGUCAAAUACUAUGUAUCUACAGGGUACUAAACAGUAAACUAGUUGUGAAAAUAUUUUUCCCUUGUGUCUGAAACAUCAGAGCUAUGUCACUUAGCCAUUUCUCUCCUUCUGAGAUACUCUGCAUAGUCUGGCUUUGUUUUCUGUUCUUUCUUUUCACUUUUUUUUUCUAAUAAAAAAAAAGGACCAAAUCUGCUUGGGAAUGGAGAGCAAAGCUUCUUUGACCAACUGAAAUCGUGUCUUGUGCUGAUCUUGGUGCUUCUCUGUACCGGUCAUGCCUUUUGGGAUAAAUUCCCACACAGGCAUAGGGCCUUAGCAAAGAAUCCCAGAGCUUGCAGUGCCUUGCUAGGGUGGAGAGUGGAGGGGGGAGCUUGCCUCACAGCAAAGCAAAGUCUGGCAUGCAUUCUGCUGUGUUAUAAAACCUGUAUGCUCCUCUGACACCUGGGAUACAGGUGUUCAGUAUUUAAAACAUAGAUAUUUGGAAUCUUUAAAUUUCUCUGCAAGCUAUGUUUGGGGAUUUAUUCUGUCUCCUGGCAUUCCAUUAUGUGUAAAAGUAGAAGAGCAGGGGAAGCCUGGAAUUUUUUUAUUUAGUCUGGAAGAGGGCUACCUCUGUACAGGGAUUUCUUAUUCCAGCAGAUAAAGAUGCAACUGUUGAAUCUUUAACAGGCGGGUCAUUUUUUCCUACCUGUUGAUUAGGCAGUGUUAUUUAAUAGGUGCUACUAAACACCACUGCAAACAUUUCUAAGCAGUCUGGUUUUAAAGCCAUGGACCCAUUAAUGAGCUGGAUGUGAGAACAGGAAUUGCUGUAGAAGCACAUCACAAGUGUUUAGUUUCUUCUCUUUGCUGUACUUCACUCAGUUACUGUCUGCAGACUAGAAUGGGAUUUCUAGAGCUUGAUUUUAAAGAAAAAGAUCUCCCAGGAAAACAGACUUUUUUGUGUAUGUGACUAUUCAAGACUCUUGUGUAGAUCACAAAAGAGGGGGGAAAAGAAUAGAUAAAAGUGCUUUUCUCUGCAGCUUCUUUGACAUAUAGAAAUUCAAGUGUGAUCCUUCUGCAGAACUGCUGGUUCAGCAAAGGUCCUAAGCCUAUACCGAAGUUUGAAGUUGUGAGUAGACCCUACCUUGAGCCACUUGAAAAAUCAGUAAGACUAUUCAUGUGCUUGAAGUUAAGCGUAUAUUUACAUUUCAUUGUGAAUAAGGGCCUGGAAUUUCAAUCUGAGGUCUCUGGUGGAAGCGUGGAGGAUCUGAGGUUGCAUAAUGACUGGGGGAGAACAAGUAGUGCUGUGAAAGCUGUUUCUCAAAGGGCCUCUUGUCUAAACAAGGCUUGUGGAAUCCAGCCCAAACUUUGGCCUCAGUUUCCCCCUGGAAAUCUGGGAGCUGCACUGAUUCAGUGAGAGAGGUGUAUUACACAGCAGUUGUAAACUAAGCUGAUGAUCGUGCUGCAGACUGUUCUCUGGUAUCUUUGUCUGUCUUGUCGUGCUUGAACUUUCCCUCGCGUUUUAAACAUUUAAAGUUAAUAUCAUUUGUUUUGAAAGCCCUUUGAUUGUGCAAACACUUAAUCAUCUAUAUGAAUUUACUCAUUUGGGCAUACCUACUGCUACUGAUAGGAUGACUGCUGUGAAUAUCAUUAUGCACAUGUUAAGGCUGGCAAGACUGAGCCCCAGAUGUGUAAAUGUAGCUCCAGCUAGGAAAUGUAGAUGAGCAGUCUUAUUUCCCCAGAGUAUUGGUGUGUUUGAUGCAAAUAAUGUCUUGGAAAAGGCUUUAUAGUAAAACCUACAAUUAUCCCUUGAUGGAGUAAUUUUAAAAACACAAUUUAGACAUUCACCUGCCAUGGCAGUGAACAAGGACAUAAGCUGAAGACUAUUUCAGGUUAUCUCUGAUUCUGUGUGAAUGCAAAGUAUUGAUUACAGCAACUCUCUAGAGCUCACCUGGCCAAUGUGGUAGGCAGUUGUAGGGUAGGCAGGGAAAAUACCCAAAAGCUAAUUCAAAACCUAUAUUUUCUUACUUGGAAAAAUAUAUUCUUCAGACUGAAGGGCCCUAGACUAGAGAAGUAAACUUUCAAUUGUUUUGUAUAAAUGAAACCCUAGGCAAACUUCUUAAGUUUUUUUCAUUUAAAUUCAAUAUUCCACUCUCAGUACUAAAAUAGGUAAUAUUAAUGUGAUGAAUAUAUUUCAGCUUUUGAAUGUAAUGGUGGUUUUCUUUUUCUCUUCUCCUUUGGUUACAUUUUACCAAAGGUCUGUCCUUGGGUGUGUGAAGUGUGUUGUUGAGUGGUUUCCCACCUGUGCUUUUCUGACAAUUAACAGCACCAACCAUAAUUCUAACAGCCAUGUAGGAACAAAUAUUUUUUUGAAAGCAAAAUUUUAAUUUUAUAUAACGGAUCAGAGACUAGUAACUAAGUAGAGGUAGGAUUGUUUCCAACAGCAGUUUCUAUUUGUAAGAAAUCUACUGUUAAUUGAGUAUGUGUUGACUACUCUUACAAAUCAAUGUGCAGUGAUAAGGCCAGGUGUAUUGUAUAAUGGGCUUAGACUUUCAGAUUAGGUUUUUUUUUUAACUGUGGAUAGGAAGAAACCAGGGUGACUUCAAACACCAGUGGUUUAGAUGGUUCUUUUGCAUUAAUAUUGAAUUAGAAGCUUUCUUUAAAUGCACACUUGAAAUUCCUGACAUUGUAACGCUUCAUGGAAUCACCCACAGCAACAAGUGUAAUCACAAAAUAUGAUUUUUUUCCACCAUGAGCAUUUUCUGUAAGCUGUCUUUUGUCAGUAAAUGUUGAAUUGUUAGUGCAAAUAUCUUCUUUUCCUGAGAAAGAAGUACAGAUCAUUGAUUGUACCAUUUCCUUCAAAAUGAAGGGCAUUGCAUAGUAACUAAAAAGGAAUAAAAGAUUUAUAGU